AUGUCGCUGCAGGUGAACUUGGGGUCGCCGGCGAUCCAGAAAGCGUACGAGCAGGUGCUCGAUGGCGUGAACGACUAUGCAGUGCUAUCGUACAAGAAACAAUCGAACGACUUGGAUGUCGUCGCUGCAUGUAAGGGCACGCUUGAAGAUAUGGCCGAGGAAUUGUCCGACGGCAAGAUGCAGUACGCAUUCGUGAGGGUCAAGGACCCCAAUACGGAGCUGCCCAAGUUUGUGCUUAUUAACUGGCUGGGAGAAGGUGUGCCGGAGAUGCGCAAGGGUCUGUUUCCUUCGCAUUGCGCGAGCGUCGCGGACUAUUUUAAGGCGUACCACGUCACGAUUCAGGCACGGACCGAAGCCGACAUCGAGCCCGCUGCUAUCAUGCGCAAGGUGACUGAUAGUAGCGGAAGCAAAUACGGGUCCGCUAGCUCGCGCAGCGGCGGGCAGAUCGCGCCCGUGGGCACGAAUUAUAAGCCGGUAGGUACCCCGGAUGUGCGCGGAAUGCAGUCCAAGGCACCGAGGGACACAAUCGCUCCCGUCGGCACUGCAUACACGGCGCCACGCGACGAGCUUGCACAAUUGCGUGCUGGCAAGCUGCAGGAUCCUGGGCAGGCGCCGAGUGCGCCACGGCCGGGCCAACCGCAGCAGCCAAAGCCCGCGCAGCCAUCGAAACCUGCACAGCCGCCCGCGUCGACGCCAAAGCCUGUGCCGGCGCCAGAAGAGCCGCAGAAGCCGAUACAGGAUGAUCGCAUUCAGCCUGUUGGGACUUCGUACGAGCGCGUGAAUUUGGGACAGCCCAAGAAACUUUCGUCUGCACGCACGGCUCUGUUCUCGCAGGUAGAUGAGUCUGUGCCUGUGCCUGCGCCUGCGUCUGCUGCAAGAGUGCCGUCGGGUGGAAAGCUCUCAUGGAGUCAGCGUCAAGAAGCGGCGCGCAACGCACAUGAUGCCGAAGCGAAGAGCGAAGGUGCGAAGGAAUCAACUGCGACGACUGCGCCGCCCGCUUCCACACCGAACGACCAUCUCGCUACACAAAUGGCAGAUGCGAGCAUUUCAGGCAGUCAGCGUGCGACUGUGCUGUAUGACUACGAAGCGGCCGAAGACAACGAGCUGACACUGCGCGAAGGGGAUGUUCUUACACACAUCGAGCAGGUCGACGAGGACUGGUGGUCUGCAAAGGAUGCCAGCGGUGCAGUGGGUCUGUUCCCUGCUACUUAUGUAGAACUUCUUGAAGAGCAGGCAUCGGCUGCAGGUGUGCCUCCCGUACCGGAAGCGCCGGAAGCGCCACCAGCUCCACCAGCUCCACCAGCUCCGGAAGCGCCACCAGCGCCGCCAGCGCCACCAGCGCCGCCAGCCCCUGAAGCUCCACCAGCCCCUGAAGCGCCACCAGCUCCCCCAGCUCCGGAAGCUCCGCCAGCGCCACCAGCCCCUGAAGCUCCACCAGCGCCACCAGCCCCUGAAGCUCCACCAGCUCCACCAGCUCCACCAGCGCAGUCCUCACCACAUGCAAUUGCACUGUACGAAUAUGAAAUUGGCGAGGACAAUGAAAUCGAGCUUGCCGAAGGCGACAAAAUUGUCGACAUCGAGUUUGCAAGCGACGACUGGUGGAAUGGCAAAAACGAGCGGACUGGCUUGACGGGGCUCUUCCCUGCCAACUAUGUCGAAUACAAUGAAUAG